AUGGCCAUAGUCUCAGAUGAUCCCACUUGGUGGUCGACCAUCAAUGCAUAUACACUCGUUAGCAUCACAGAGGGAACCCCUUCUCCACGAUCACAGAAAGGCAAGGAAGGAUUGCUACCCUCCAAGUAUAAGCCACGCGACUCUGGCAUCGUCCUCAGCGACGACGAGUCGAUUCCCGCACGAAAUUCGGUGUUAAGUUCGAGCUCUAUUCACUCUGAUGAUGAUAACGGCGAUGAUCUGGACCGAGUCCUGCUGCUAAUUUCUGCCAAUCCCUAA